AUGUGUCCCCCUGGCCACGUUGGCGAAGGGCAGGAGAGUUGUCUGGGCAGCCUGGGGCUGAUGGUUGUCUGGUUAGCUGCACGAGAUGCGUCAGUGGUGACGUUCAACGGACAAUUGCGGUGGCAGAUGGGCUUAGUUUCCGCCGUGCCUCCCCCGGGGUACGAAAGUAAUGCAAUGAAUGGGACUAUGACGAUAUGCUUGGGCGUGUAUAAUGGUUUGUGGGUUGGGAGACAAUGGCGCAGCCAGCACACAGGCCGAGGGAAGGGCAAUGAGGGAGGGGUGGCCCAUCGGAUGGAUGCGAUGGGAUGCGAUGGCAAGGCAAGGCAAGGCGAGGCAAGGCGAGGCUAG